CGUCAUGAGUGGAGUUUACUUGUGGGCCUUUACUUCCCAAUCUGCUGAAACUCGUGCUGGCUCGGAGUACUGGACCAAGUACCACAUGAAGAAGUAG